CGGGACCGUGAUGUCAUGGAAUCCUCCACCAUUAGUGCAGAAAUGAAGAACACGAUCUAAACAUGUAAUAGAGUCUACUAUCACCACUGCUACUACCGCUACUGCAGACACGCAACAAGAUAGGUUAGUCUUGUGCCCAUCCUUGUUUGUGGUAUCAAGUUCCCAAGCCAUCAACCGUGUCAACAAGUGCUGGCAUAAAUCAACCAUAAACCAACCAUAAAUCAAUCUUGAACCAAGCAGAGAUUUCAAGUUGUUGGUUUCGCCAACUAAAACCCAACUUUUCGACCAACCCAUCUAACCACGGUUCCACGCUGACCAAUCCGAUGCAGGUCGAGCUGCGGUGCUGACGCAAGAACAUUCCCUCCAGUCAUACUAUGGAGGAUUAUUCUCUCCGUGUACAUCUUUACUACACUGGUGAAACUCAGCACAUAUCUUACGCAGACUGUCUGUGAAGUUGCCUAAAAAACAAAAAUUUCCCGAUGCAAACAUUUACUUUGAAUCUUUCCUCUGGUGAGAUGUAGAUCUGAUGUCGUUGAUGAAGAAAAGCUAAGAUUUGGAAUUUAUGUGUGUGAGAAAAGGCUGGCGAUCCACUCCGAAUUUAAAUAUACUUAGAGUUUUCAAGUGACUUCAGAGUCGUCUGCUGCUGCCGCCAUGGUAGAGAUUAUCACCAUAGAAACCAUCCCGCUAAUCUUCGCCAUGAUUUUAGUUGUGCCCUUCACCUUCGAGAUCAUCCGAGCCAUAGUCGAGGACAAGUUAGAUUUUGACGUGGUCAUCAAUUUGACCCUCCUCAGGUAAGCUGUGCUAUCCUCUGGUAAGCUUAACUAUCCUCGGGUAAGCUGUACUAUACUCAGGUGAGCUUUUCUGUCCUCAGGUAAGCUGUAUUAUCUCAGGUAAGCUGUACUAUCCACAAGUAAGCUUUUCUAUCCUCAGGUAAACUGUAUUAUCCUCAGGUAAGCUGUACUAUUCUCAUGUAAGUUUUUCUAUCUUCAGGUAAGCUGUAAUAUCCUCAGGUAAGCUUUAUUAUCAUCUGGUAAGAUGUACUAUCCUCUGGUAAGCUGAACUAUCCUCAGGUAAGCUGUACUAUCCUCAUGUAAGCUAUACUAUACUCAGGUAAGCUGCCCUAUCCUCCGGUAAGCUAUGUACUAUUUGAAUUUUCUCAGUUGAGCUGAACUCAGGCUUUGACACCCCUCGAGCCAGCCGAAUGAUCUAUUUUAAAACUUCAACCAUCUUUCUAUCCAUUUAAUAUUUAGUGUCCUUUGACUUUCAUUUCAUCCUUGACAUCAUGAGACUUGAUUUUAUUUAUUCAUAGUAAAUUGUCCACCUGUCUCAAAUAUCUUCUGAAAAAGUCUUAGGUAAGGCUUCUCAACAGUUUUUCCAACUAGUACCUUGUCCACCUCUCUCAAAUAUCUCCUGAACAAGUCUUGGCUAAAGCUUCUCAACAGGUUUGCCAACUAGUACCCUGUCCACCUGUCUCAAAUAUCCCCUGAAGAAGUCUUGCCUAAGGCCUCUCAACAGGUUUGCCUAUCGUCUAUAACUUUAUAGACCAGUCCGAACAAUAUUUGACAUAAAAUGACUUUUCCCUAAAAGUCCAUAGGAACUUUAUAGUGUUUGUGAAAAAUAAGAAAUCGACCUUUGCGCUUUCGAAAAGAAACAGAACCAGAGUUCUCAGCAUUUUCUGAUAUUUUCUCAUUGCUUUAAACUCGUGGGACCAUAAGCCGGGGGAAAUAAGCACCGAUAACAAUGACAAAUCUGUCGCCACAAAACAGAGGAUUUUAUGUCAUAUGAUAAAGGACAUAGAUUGAAAUACUUGACAAUGACAUAUAAUUAUACAGCACGAAGAUUUUAAUUUGUUUUGUGCCACUUUGUUUUAAAAAUUUGUAUUAAAACUGCGCCCGUAAACAAUUUUUGUCCGUGAAAGUUAUGAAGAGUUAAAAUGUGUGUAGGUAAUUUUUUUAUCUGGCAACUCGGCUCAGCAUUAUGUGAGUGCACCAUGGUGGGUUGGUGAGUGGUCAAAAGGGCACUCCAGUGUAUGUAAUUACAUUUUAAACUUUAUGGAGAUUUAUAUUGAAACCAUCUAUUAUAGUUCUAUUUAACUGUGAGAGCUGUGUGCAUUAUGUGACGUAUCUUAAGAUGUUUUGGCACCUGGUCGGGUCAGGGGCACAUACAAAACCAAUAAAUAUUUAAAUUGUCGAAGCUAAAUUUUCCGAAGGGUUUGGACAGCUGAUCUGUGAGGAUUGAUCGAGGGGGGCGGAUGUGUUUGGACUCUUGGUUCUUGUAUGAUUGAAGGGGUCCUACUUGAUGAUUGAAGACGUCCUCCUUUAUGAAUGAAAAGGUCCUACUUGAUGAUUGAAGGGGUCCUACAUGAUGAUUGAAGGGGUCCUACUUGAUGAUUAAAGGGGUCCUACUUGAUGAUUGAAGGGGUCCUACUUGAUGAUUGAAGGGAACAUACUCGAUGAAUAAAGUUAUCUAAUUAUCCGCGUUAACUAAUUCUCCGAAUAAAUGUUUUAAAAAAAAAACCCAUUAACAAAUUCCUCCUUGACAAGAGAACGAACGUUUGAAACGAUUUGAGUGAGUUUUAUCCCUCCGAUCAACUCCCCACCAUUUACCUAAAACAACAACUCAAAACCCAAAUAGUACCAACAACAACAAUUCAGCAACUUAUUAAACAAUCUAAUAAAUUUGACCAAUGUCUGUUCCCAGGCUUAUUGAGCUCUUUAUCGCCGUCUUGAUUUUCCCGACAUCCCUCAUGUACAUCCUCGUCUUUUGCUGCUAUCGAAUUCUCGUGGAGGCGUUGGGCAUUGCGUUCCGUGUGGUGGACUACUGGAGCGCCCCACGCAUAUUUGAGCGCCUUUACUACUACGUCACGUGUGUCAUCGUCUACCUGGCCGUGCUCAUUGGCUUAAUCAUCUUCAUCAAGUUUGUCGCCAAGGCUUUCUAGUGGGAGAACGAGGAGUUUGGUCAUGGAAGUCAAGCUGUGGUCUCCAAGUCUGGCCCAGGAAGUCAAGCCGCGGUCUCCAAGUCUGGCCCGGGAAUUCUAGCAGUAAUCCCAAGUCUGGCUCAGGGAAGUCAAUCAAUGGCCCCAAGUCUGGUCCAGGAAGUCCAACAGUAGUCUCAAGUCUGACCCGUGAAGUCAAGCAGUAGUCCCAAGUCUGACCCAGGAAGUUAAGCAGUAGCCCCAAGUCAGGCCCAGGAAGUCAAGCAGUUGUCCCAAGUCUGCAAGGGAAGUCAAGCAGUAGUCCCAAGUUUUACCCAGGAAGUCAAGCAGUAGUCCCAAGUCUGGCCCAGGAAGUCAAGCAGUUGUCCCAAGUCUUGCCCAGGAAAUCAAGCCGUUGUCCCAAGUCUGGCCAGAGAACUCAAGCAAUAGUCUCAAGUCUGCCAGAGAACUCAAGAAGUAGUCCCAAGUCUGGUCAGGGAAGUCAAGCCUUGGUCCCAAGUCUGCCAGGGAAGUCAAGUAUUGAUACAAAUUAUAUUUCAAGGUUAUCGGCCUGUGGAGAGGCCAGUUUAUGAAGAUUUCAUUAAUGAUGUAAAACGGAUGGACUUAGCAAAAUAAAGAGUACAACC